AUGUAUAUAUACUUUUGUAAUUAUGAGAGUAAAUAUGAAAACAUUUUACCUAAUUUGCCGUCAUAUAAAAAAUAUAAAGAGUUGGAUAAUGUGGACAUAAGUAAUUAUAAUCAAAAAUAUUGUAAUGAUUUAGAAAGAAGUAAUGAAGAGGAUAAAACACUUUGUACCAAGAUAGCAAAAAAUUUAUCAAUAUUAAAAAGUGAAAUUAAUAGGGAAAAAAAAAAACAUGGUUGUCACUACUUUCAACACUGGUUCCAUAAUAAGAUUAGCAAAAAAUAUUAUAAUAUAAAUGAUAAAGUGAACAAUAACUUUGUUGCUGGAAAACUAUUUAAUUUUGUAUCAAUAGUUAGUUUAAGUAAUUUAGAGGAACCAGAUUGCAACGGAUAUACAUAUGGAUAUCCGAAACUGUGGAAAGAAGAAAAAGAUUUACACGAUUAUUUUGAAAAUUAUGGAAAUAUUAAUUCCCUGGAUCUUGAUAAAGAAACGUGUGAAAAACACAUACGAUAUGUUACCUACAUUAAAGAAAUAUAUGAACAGAAAAUACAUAAUUGUUGUGAAGAUGAAGAUCUUGGAAAUCUUUGUACAUCCUAUAUGAAAUGUGAUGAUAAAUAUAAACCGAAUGAUUUAAUGGAAAAAUUAAACAAAAAACUUGAGGAGUUAAGUGAACAGGAUGAAGAAGUACCUGAAGAGGAAGCAGCUGUAGGGUAUAAAUUAUCUUUAAGUUUCCCAUCAAGUGAGAGUACCAAUCAUAAUAAAAAUAAAGUAUCAGCCUAUUCAUCAGAGUUCAGGGAUAUCCAAGAACCUGUGGUUAUUUAUGACACCCAUAGGAAUACCGAAACAGUGUAUAAUAAAUUAGACUUCAAUUCUUUUGGUAAUAUUUUUAUAGCUGUUUCAGUACUUGGAACAUUCCUCUUCCUUUUUUAUUAUUACAGAUCUACUCGAUUAGGAUCAAGUUCACAAAAAAAUAAACGAAAAAAAGAGAAAUUAAAAAAUAAUUAUUAUAAUGAGCUUGAAGACGAUGAUUUGCCAGCGUAUAAUUCAAAAGUUACGUAUUUAAACUCAGAAAUAAGUAGAUAUUGUAUUUCACACACCAAGUUGUAA